GACAAAAUAAAAAAAACUUUUAUUUUGAAUAUUACUUAUAGUAUUUCGAUAUUUUUGUCUUUGUAUAUCUACAAGAAGAAACAUUUCCAAGGGGCAUAUUUUUACUUUCUCUUACUUUUUAGCCGUUUGCCGGGCUGACUGCUACUCGGAGGAUACACCGUAACACAGAGCAUUCAUACUAACAGAGAGAAAUGAUGUUGUCAGGGCUAUUUCUGGUGUGUUUAGUGACUGGAAGUACUUAUGGGCAAUUUACACCAAUCAGUCCGGAUUCCUUCAAAGUAUUUCUUCAAAUAUUCCGGCAAACACUUCUAGAACAAGUUGCAAUCGAAGUUAAUAGGACUGUUGAGGCCAGUAAUGAACUGACACCUUUAGUAGACGCUUGUAAACUUAAAAUAGAAUCACAAGUAAACUUGUGCAAGUCAUGUGCACAGAGUAAAUGCAAAAAAUCGCCGACAUUCAAAGACAUUUUGAAUCUUGCUAAUCCAUAUACACAUCUGAAGGGACCACUAGAUGACAUAGGCAAGAAAGUUGAUGUUGCUGUGGAAUUAAUUGGAGACAAAGCCGGUGGUUUUAUCAACUACUUCAAAAACCUAGGCCUUUCCGUCAAGUUGCCGAAAGAGUUUAAGUUCCUUUAUAAACAAAUAGAAAUCGGAAUCAAAAAAGCUGUCGACAGUCUGAAAAACCUGGGCAAAGACAUUAAAGAUUUCACCAUCGAUACUGGGUCACUCAUUGGAGAUAAACUGAAAGAUUUGAAAGAUCUUUUAGGAAAACGACGAAGGAAGCGCGAAGUGAUCGAUCCGAAAGUUAAACAAUGCAUGCAGCAAUGUACAUCCUGUAGACCGCUACUGCUUCCAACAGAAGACGAAGUUGUCACAGCAGUUUGUGGAAGUGCAAUAGUAGAUAAGAACAACACUCUGCAAAACCAACUGAAGAAAAUCCAAGAUGUCUACGAUCAUACCCUGGAUAAAGUUAACCCCAUCGUGAAAUCGGUUGAAGCUGACUUCAGUUCCAUGCAAGGACUUAAGGUGACAAAAGUGCGAAUAACCGUGUUCAAGAAUGGAGCGUACACUUCUUACCUGACGGGGGUUCCAGUUUACAUAACUGAUCUGGCCGUCGCGCCAGCUAGGCCCAUGGCUCUUGAAUACUGGCUCAAGUUUUAAAUAUACAUUGUAAUGAAAGAAUUACGUGUUCGUGCAGGGGUGAUAAAGCAUAAUAUCUGA